CGGUAUCCUCCAAAUGCUAACGUCCUGCCUACCCGCCUCUCUCUCUCUCUCUCUCUGUCCCAUUUCCUCCUCGAUCUCUUCUCUUCUUCCUACGAAAAGCUCGAAGCUUUUCGCAAUUGCAACGACUAUUAAUGGCUGCCGUUCUAAACUAAUCACGGCGGCCAUUACUGGCUCCCGACGGCGUAGUUAAUCCCCCCAUAAACACCGUCGCCUCCCGCUCUAAUCCUUCGCCUCCCGCCGCUGGUGGUAGCAGCAGUGGUCGUGGUACUAGGUGGCGGUUAGGUGGAGGUGAGAGAGGCGAGGGCGUAGGGGUCGGGAGAAAGAAGCGGUGCGUGCGGCGGGGGAGGGGGUGGGGAGAUGGUCGUGGCGGUGGCGGCGGCGCGGCGGAGGCGGGUGUGGCGGUGGGCCAUGCGGGCGGUGGCCAGCGCGGUGAUGUGGACGGCGGUCCUGCAGCUGGCGUCCAUCACCGGCCUCUGGCGCCCCAGGGUCUUCGCGGACUGCUGGGGCGGCUCCGGCUCCGGGGGCGCCUCGGCCGGCCUGGCCGCGCUCGCCGGCGAGGACCGGGUCGCCGCGCGGCUCUCCCCUCCGGCGCUCGUGCCCAGGAGAGUCUAUAGAAGCAAUGGCUAUCUGCUAGUGACUUGCAACGGAGGCCUUAAUCAAAUGCGAGCCGGGAUAUGUGAUAUGGUGACCAUAGCACGCCGUCUGAAUCUAACAUUAGUGCUCCCUGAACUGGAUAAAAGGUCUUUCUGGGCUGAUCCAAGUGAUUUUGGAGAUAUAUUUGAUGUGAACCACUUCAUUAAUUCGUUAAGAGACGAACUAAAAAUUGUCAAAGCACUACCAUUGAAACUCCAGCUAAAAACUAGGAGAAGACUUUAUUCGAUGCCUCCUAUCAGCUGGUCAAACGAUACGUAUUACCUAAAGCGGGUAUUACCUCUUGCAAGGAAGCACAAGGUGAUCCAUUUCAAUAAAACGGAUGCCCGGCUAUCAAACAAUGGCAUUCCUGUCCAUCUCCAAAUGCUGCGCUGCCGUGUCAACUUUGAGGCUCUGAGAUUCACUCCACAGAUUGAGGCCCUCGGCAGAAAACUUAUCUCCACCCUUCAGCGAAGUGGGGAAUUUGUUGUGCUUCACUUGCGUUAUGAAAUGGACAUGCUCUCAUUUUCAGGCUGCACGCAUGGCUGUUCUGAUAAAGAAACCGAGGAGCUGACCAGAAUGAGAUAUGCAUAUCCAUGGUGGAAAGAAAAGGAAAUCGAUUCUGAAUCCAAGAGGCUUCAGGGACUUUGCCCCCUCACACCUGAGGAAAUUGCUCUAGUGCUUAAAGCUCUAGGAUUUUCAAAGGAUACGUUGAUAUAUAUUGCCUCUGGUGAAAUCUAUGGUGGUGAAAGACGGUUGGCUGCUCUUAAGGCUGCCUAUCCGAAUUUGGUUAGAAAGGAAAAACUGUUAUCUUCCGAUGAAUUGUGGCCAUUCCAGAACCAUUCGACCCAGAUGGCAGCACUGGACUACAUGGUUUCGAUAGCAAGCAAUGUUUUCAUCCCCAGUUAUGAUGGAAAUAUGGCAAGAGUUGUCGAAGGUCACCGCAGGUAUAGUGGCUUUCGCAAGACCAUCUUAUUGGACAGGACAAAACUUGUUGAACUUUUGGAUCAUUUCCAAGGAGGUUCAUUGUCCUGGGAUGAAUUCUCUGCUGCUGUAAAGGAGGCGCACCAGUAUCGCAUGGGCCAACCCACAGACAGAAGAGCCAUCCCUGGCCGGCCCAAGGAAGAGGACUAUUUCUAUGCUAAUCCCCAAGAAUGCGUCGGUUCCAGUUCCAUGGGGAGAUUAAGAGAUGUUUCCUGAUGAUACCCGGAAAAGCAUUGCAAAUGAGUAUUGAUGCUGACCUGAUAGCAUAGCGUUAACCCGGUGACACCAUGACUUUGUACAGCUGACCCAAGUUCCUCCUGCUUACUACUGAUUAUUCACUUUAGGUACAAGCAGACCUACACGUCGAGUGUCUAUAACCAGAUUCCAUAACAGAAUAAAGCUGAGGAAGAAAUUCAAGGCAUCCGAGUUCGGAGAGAAGAGACGCCACAUGAGCAGCCAUUCUGCUCUGCUCGAUUGCCACUUUCAGUUAUUGUUGUAUUUCAUUUUCUUUUAUCCAAAAAAAGAAAAAUCCGUUUCAUUUCACUCUCCAUGCCCCCUUCUCUUUGUUUAGGGCUCUGACUCUUAUCAUGGGUAUGUCAAAGUUCAUGAGUGUUAAUUUUGACUAUGAGGAGUUUUCUUCCAAUGUUCUUUUGUACUGGUUACCAAAGCCAUUAUGAAAUUUCAGGUCAUACAGAAAAUGUUCUGAUAAA